CGGCUCGCUCAUUCACUAAACACAUGCUUUAAAGGUACCUAUAGUAAACACAGUCAUGGCAACCCGAUGUUGGCUAUCAUGCCUUGCCAAACUUCACCCGCCAAUACUCCUUCCACACAACCAGCCUCGCGUGAUCGGUCGCUCCAAGGAAACCAAAAUAAAAUCCAAACGGUGUUCCAAGUCCCAGGUGGAGCUGUUAGCUGAUUACACAUCUUGUACUGUCACUGCACGACAGCUUGGGCCCAACAGCUGCACAGUGAAUGGUCAGCACGUUUGUUACGGGUCAUCAGCUCAGCUAAAACACAACGACAUUAUUGAAGUAGUUUCGAGAGAGUACAAGCACAGGGUAGAGUUUGAUCCAGCCCCAAGCAUCAGCAGUACAGCGAAUAGCACCACUGAGGAAGACACAACCAUGCCACGAGGACAGAAGAAAAGGAGCAUUGAUGAUUACUUCUCCAACCCAAAGAAAGCAAAGGCAGGAGAGACAAGUGCAACUGGUGGCUGGGAAAAGUCUACUAAUGGGGACUUGUUAGUAUAUCAGAAAAAUAUGAGUAGUAGUGAGAAGAUUGCAGGUUAUGAUAUGGAUGGAACCUUGAUUGCCACCCAGUCGGGCAAGGUCUUCGCUACAAGUUAUGACGAUUGGAAGAUUUUGUAUAGUGAAGUUCCUGGCAAACUCAAGAAACUCCAUGACUCUGGCUAUAAAAUUGUUAUAUUCACAAAUCAGGCUGGCAUUGGUACUGGAAAGCACACAGUGGAAGGGAUUCAGAAGAAGAUAGAGUCUAUCAUUCAGAAGCUUGGAGUUCCCAUCCAAGUUUUUGUAUCAACUGGGAAAGGUGAAUACAGGAAACCUGCCAUUGGAAUGUGGAAUUUUUUUCAGAAUGAGGCCAAUGGAGGAGUUGAGGUAGACCUUGACAAAAGCAUCUAUGUUGGGGAUGCUGCUGGCAGGCCAGCUGAGGGGAAAAAGAAGAAGGAUUUUUCCUUCUCAGACCGGCUCUUUGCCCUCAAUGUUGGAUUAAAAUUUUACACACCAGAGGAACAUUUCUUGGAUGUAAAAACUCAAGCCUUCAACAUGCCUGACUUUGACCCUCGGGAAGUAGACGCCUCACUCCCUCUUUAUGAUCCUUUAACAACCAAAGUUCCUGGACACAAGUUAGAGGUAAUUAUAUUGGUUGGGUUUCCUGGAUCAGGGAAGAGUUUCUUCUGCUCCACACACUUGGUACCUCUUGGCUACGUUUCAGCUAACAGGGACACAAUUGGCUCAUGGCAAAAGUGUAUAUCCCUGAUGGAGAAGUCCCUGAAGGACGGUAAGCAUGUGGUGAUAGACAACACCAACCCCGACCUUGAUUCCCGCAAGCGCUACAUAGAAGCUGCCAAGAAAUGCGGUGUUCCAGUGAGGUGUUUCAUCUUUGCCACGUCCAAGGAUCAUUCUCGACACAACAACAAGUUUCGGGAAUUCAGUGGGGAAGACCAUUCAAAAGUUAGUGACAUGGUCUUCAAUAUGUACAAGUCAAAGUAUGUGGAACCAACUCUGAAAGAAGGAUUUCAUGAUAUUGUGAAGGUGAACUUCAUCCCUCAUUUCAAGAACAAAAGUGAAGAGAAGUUGUACAGAAUGUUCCUACUGGAAAAAUAACCUGUGGCUAGACCAGAUGAAAUUUCAUUAUAGCCACAGUAAGGAUAUAUUGUUCUGAAUGAAAAUUGGAAUGCAGUAUUUUUGUUAGCUUAUAUAAAAAUGUAUUAUGAGGCCACAGUAAGGAUAUAUUGUUCUGUGAAUGAAAAUUGGAAUGCAGUAUUUUUGUUAGCUUAUAUAAAAAUGUAUUAUCUGAGGCCAAGUAAAUAAAGUCACUUUAAUUUUUGCUACCACAGCAGCA